GUUGGAUUCAGUUGUCGCUUCUUGCUACGAAGCACAUGGAGUAUUAUCGCUAAAACUAAAUGCCAAAUCUAUGUGCCAAUAAAAACGCGUGACUCACUCAAAAGUGCUAAAAGUCUGAAGUAUGCCUUCGUUUCGCAUCUCAUCCAAAAUAUCAUUGCUACUACUGCUGCUGAUCUGCGUGGCAUCCAUACUGUGCGUCUUCUCUCUGCCGGCUUUUGAGUAUUUGAGCAAUCAGUGCAAGGGCCUGGACGACUGUGAUCACUUUCUGCCCAUUUGUGCGGCCUACACGAACGAGCAUCAGUUUUUCUACAGCCACUGCGAUAUGUUGCGCGAGAUCUGUCUGACCGGCAAAGAUUGGAAAAUGGACUUUUUGAGCCAUUGCAAUGUUAGCAAGCUUUAGCCAUACCUCGCCGAC